CUCCGGUUGUCGUUGUGACGUCGGUCAUAAACACGAUGGCCGCUUCCACAGGGCUGAGUAAAGGCGCUGCUCUGUCUAAAGCGGAUUAUUUAAAGCGAUAUCUGAGUAAAGAUGCGGAUAAUAAAGCGGAUAAAGAGAAGAAGGGGAAGAAGAAGCGGGUUAAAGCCCCGGGGAGAGGGAUGAAGAUUGUAGAUGAUGAUAUUGACUGGAGGCAGCUGAGCGCGAAGACAGAAGAGGAAAACAAGGAGGAGGAGGAGGAAGAAGAAGAGGCGCCUGUGGUUGCAGAGAUAAUAGACGAACGUCCAGAUGAAGUCCAGCAACUGGAAGCAUUUAGAACCAGUAACAAGUGGAGGAUAAUGGGAGCAACAAAUGAGGAAUCCCAAGAAUCUCCAGUUUCACAUUCAAGUUCAGAAGUCAAAGGGAACAGAAGAGUCCGACAUGAUUCUCCUGAUAAUUCUCCAGUGCGUCGAACUCGCCAUGAUUCUCCUGAUCUUUCACCACAGAGGAGAGUCCGCCACGACUCCCCUGAUCUGUCCCCCAAAAGAAGAGUCCGCCACGACUCGCCUGACCAUUCGCCACAGAGGAGAAUCCGACACGAUUCUCCAGACCUUUCCCCACCAAGACUAAAGGCAGAGACAUCACGCAGGCGGCAUGACUCCUCGUCACCUUCUCCUCCACGAAAGAUUAUGAAAAGCUCAUCUUCUAAUUCACAAAGGCAACAGAGCAGAGAUACCUCACAGAGAGAAAAGCACAAAUCCUCUUCAAAGUCUCGUGCUUCAGACUCGGACCUGUCGCCUCCCCGGAGACGCGCUAAUGCCAGGCAGGGCUCGGACUCAGAUCUCUCUCCUCCCAGGAAAAGAGCGUCAGGAAGAAGAGGGUCCGAUUCAGACCUUUCACCACCCAGGAAGAGACAGCAGGGUGGCCGAGAUUCAGACUCAGACCUCUCCCCACCUCGCAGGACAGGCUCACCUACUGCAAAGACGGGCCCUCGAAUGUUAUCUGGUGGAGCUGCUGGCCUGGUCUCGGUUGACAUCUUGCGUAAAGAGCAGGAAGAAAACCGCAGGAAAGAAAAACAAAACCAGCCUCUAGAAGAGGAUUCCCGGAAUGCAGAGACUAUUUUCAGAGAUAAAUCAGGAAAAAGGCGAGACUUGGAGUCAGAGCGAGUGGAGCAGAGAAGGAAAGCUGGGGAGAAAGCUGAGAAGGAUGAGAAAUAUGCGCAGUGGGGGAAAGGACUGGCUCAGAGUCAGAUGCAGGAGCAGAAUGUGGUUGAUGCAAUACGAGAGGCAGAGAAGCCUCUGGCGCGUCAUAUUGAUGAUGAGGACCUGGAUCGCAUGCUGAGAGAACAGGAGAGGGAGGGAGAUCCUAUGGCUGCUCUGCUGCGCAAGAAAAAAGAAAAAAACGCUAAAAGCAAAGGAAUCAAGGAGAGACCUCGUUACAAAGGCCCAGCUCCACCCCCAAAUCGUUUCAACCUCAUGCCAGGCUAUCGCUGGGAUGGAGUAGACAGGUCCAAUGGGUUCGAACAGAAGCGCUACAGCAGGAUUGCAGAUAAGAAAGCUGUCCAAGAGGAAGCUUACAAGUGGAGUGUGGAGGACAUGUAGACACGUUUCAGAGCCCAAGAACAGCCAUCCCUGUGUACUGUAUCAUUCCUUCUCACCGGCACUGCUCCUGAUGUUUCCGAAUAGACUGUCUGAUUGAAACGUCCUUUGUUAUCCUCAACCAAGAUCAAACACAUAGCAGGGAAAAUAGGUUUUGUGAGUGUUAAAUUUAGCGGUUGUAUAUGAGCAUCAGGUUUACCGUAAGAUUUAUUAAAUAUUAUGUUUUCUUAA